AAUAAAAAGUUAAUUUAUUUAAAUUAUAAUAAAGAGAGAGAGAGAGAAAGAGCAUACAUAUAAUUGUAAUAAAAGUAUUAAGAAAAAAACAAAUUAAGAAAAACAAAAACAACAACAACAAAAAUACUCAAGUAUUUCUGAAAGGAAACAAAUUUAUGUGCCAUAACAACAAAAAUGUAAAAGAAAUUAAUUUAUAUCUAAAAAAUAAAUUCCUAAUUAAUAAAACAAAAACAUAUUUAUUAUUCAUAUAGAACAUUAAUUACUUGCAUCCUAACAAUUAGAAAAUAAUUCAAAAAAAUAAAAGCUUUAAAAAUAACUUAUAACAACAAAAACACAAAGACCUUAAAAAGAAAAUUGAAGCAGAACGAAGUUGUAAAAAAAAACAAAAUAAAUAAACAUAACACCUUCUUUAACUUCCACUGUAUUUUGUUCUAACCAACGUGUUGAAAAACAAUAACAAAUAAUAAAAAAACAACAAGGAUAAAUACGAAAAAAAAACACAACUACAAACAAGUGAGAAAAAAACCAACAGCAACAACAAGAAACAAGUGAAAAACAUACAAAUUUGACAAAGUGUAAACAUUGUAUUCAUAACAGUAUUAUUAACACGUAACCUACGUCACAUCGUCAUCAUCAACAACAACAAUUUCAUCAUCAACAACAACAACAUCUUUACUGUUUGUAAACGAACACACAACAGAGAAGAGAAAAAAAAACGAGAGUAUUUUUACCACCAGCCAUCAUCAUCAGCAUUAUUAUCAUCAUUGAGCAACAACAACAAGGGCUACCAUAAAAAAACAAGAACAAAAAGAACAACAACAACUACAACAGCAAUAAACACCAGAAAUAACUUUACAACCUCAAAUAGCAACACAUUACAACGUUACAGCCGAAGGAAGACCCCCCACUCUAAUUCUUGUGAACAACAUUUAUACUCAAUCCCCUACUUGACUUGAAGUUUUUAUAAUAUUUUUUUGUUGUCUUCUUCUUCUUUUGUCUUUUUUUAUACGUUCAACGCAUUUUUUGCUUGCUGCCUGUGUGUACAACACAUUUGUAUGCAACACAUUAAGUUGCCCCCUCAUUGUUGUGUAUUUGAUUUCAUUGCUGUUGUUUGUGUUACUCCAUAAUUCUCUUUUUGAUUCCCUCCUUUUCUUCAUCCAGUACUAACUACUCUACUGCUGGUUCUUCUCGUUUACAAGUUGUAAGAAUAACAGCAACAACAACAACUGUUUGUGUGAAUGUUUGAAAAAAAGACAUCAACACUCUGAGUGUGCUUGUGUGUUCACGAGGAAACUGACUCAACUGGCUGACAGCUUGGCUGCUACAAAAAACAAAAAAAAAGGCAAAAUAAAAACAAAACCAACAACAAGUCAGAAAUCAUCAUCAUAUAGACAAACUGAAAGACACACACACAGCAGACAGACAGACUCAACCAAACAAAUCCAAACAUUGGAUAGGAGGACAAAAAAAAACGAAGAGAAAAAAAAUUACAACAACAAGGAUAACAAUUGCAAAACAAAUAAGAACACAAGCAAAAAAAGAGCCAAAACAGAAGCAAAAAAUCAAAACAAACUACACGCGGUUUGAUUGUUUUUUUAUAUUUGUGGGCCACAAUCAAACAAUAACAAACCACCACCUGUAACCAUUAUUACAAGGACAACAACCUUAGCCAACACAUAAUUGAUCAACAUGUCCUGCAUAUCCUCAAAUUUUAGUUCCUUCUUCCUUAACUCUCUUAAUGAUCCCUCAGAAUUUUCGAAAUAUUUAAGCAAUGGAGAACUAAGAUUCUCCUCAACCUUCGAAGAUUUCCAGGUCUAUGGACAAACUAAUGUAUCACAACAGCAGCAACAACACUAUCAGCAACAGCAUCUCAAUGGUGGAGCAGGAGUGCUGUGUAAUGCCAAUGGUGAAAUUAUCAGUAGCAAUGGCGACGAAGGAAAUUCAAAUAUUGAAAAUACUCAACCCGUAAUAACAUCAGUACAACAUUAUGGCAGCUAUCAAGGACAUCAUCAACAACAACAACCGCCACAUAUGCAACAGCAACAUCUUCAACAGCAGCAAACUAGAUGGGCUUUGCCCGGCAAUCAACAAAAUCCUGCAGCAGCGGCCUCUGCUGCAACAACAGGUUCUCAACAUUUUGAUGGUUCUUUUGAGUUUAUGAAAUAUUUACGCCACUCAAAUGACUACAGUGACAAUUCACAUGAUGCCAGCAGCCAACAGAAUCAAUCACAAUCUUCCCAUGCCAUAGCGGUGGGUACAAAACCAGAUGCUUCCUUAAAUAAUGGUCUUAUGGAUUUAGAUAACGCACAUAAACGUGCAGCAGCACGUAAAACUCCGCUUAUGUCUUCCGUCAACAGUAAUCAUCAUAAUUCAGCGGCCAGCAAUAGUUCCCAUCCCACGCCCAUGGAUAUUUACGAUCACGAUUCCAAGCACAAUAUCUACGAUUUACAUCAUAUGAAUUCGAUGCAUAGCUCCAAUUCAAAUGAAUCUUCCAUGGAACUGUCGUCCAUGAACUAUCCCAAUUCUCACCUAAACGCCUCCAACUCGAAUACAUCAUCAGAGGGUGGUAACACCCAGAAUCACAGUGAUUUCUCCAUGUUAAGUGGUGUGGCCAAUUCACAGAAUUCGUCAACAGCUAAUGCUGCUUCAACAGCUGCUGCAGCAGCGGCGGCGGCGGCUGCCUCCCCAGCUGCACCCAAGCCAUUAGCUACAUUUACCAUCAAGGAUAACUUUGAAGCUCAUCCAUCGCACAAGGUGGAGGAAGGCAUUUUCCAGCAUAUGAACAAACUGCCGCCCAAAAAGAAAGAGAAUCUCAAACAAUUGGGUGUACGUUUUACCGGUCAAAUGACACUCAAUGAUAAAUCGAUAAUUGUGGAAAACUUUAUUAAAUUCUGUCAUGAAUAUGAAAUUAAAGACCAUCGACCGUUUCUAUCACUCAAUCAAAGUGGCCUAAAUAAACCUGAUCAAAUUAAAUUUGCACGUUAUCUUGGACAAGGUUUACCAACAUUUACUCUAUUUUGCAUUUAUAGUAAUUUUAAAAAUUUAUUUUGCACUAAACGUACCGAAAUAUACACAAAGGAUGGCUAUAAUUUGCCUUAUAUCUUAGAUAAAAUAAAGCGCUUCCUAGCAAAUACAACAGCGGGUAAUAAUAACAAUAAUGCCUCAAACUCAUCCUCCACAACAACUAAGGAUAGUUCCAGUAAUAUAAAUUCCACAAAUCCAAAUUCUACCACCUCAACCAACAACCCCAACAACACAUCAGCAGCUAAUGUGAAUGCUAAUAAUACAAAUAAUAACGUAAAUAGUAAUAAUGCUGCAAACGCAGUGCCAGUGGCCAUGCAGAAUGGCAAUAGCAAUGGCAGCAACAGUAGUGGCAGUGUUGGUGGCGCUGGCAAUGACAAUGGCAACAAUAAAGGCAGUAGCAGCAACAUUAUUAGUAAUGAUAUUAUAAUAAAUACACCAACUAAACAAAUUCAUAAUGUGCCAUCACCAGCUACACCAAGAACACCACAAAUACAACAACACCAGCAGCAGCAAACGCCACAAAUACCAAUACAAACACAAAAUACCCCUUUACCAGCACAUCCACCAACAACACAUGCCCCCCAUCACCCACUAAUGGCAGCAAAUCGUCCAGCUACACCCCAAACACAUUUACUACAACAACAACAGCAGCAGCAGCAACAUCUUCACAAUCAUCAACAGCUACUGCAGCAUCCACAUCAUCAGCAGCAACAACAACAACAUCAUCUUGUACAAAUGCCCAUGAGUCCUAUGGUUGUUGUAACCACUGCCGCACCUACCAGCAUGAUGGUGGCUUCACCUUUGCCCCCCACGACAGCAACAGUAACACAAUCUUCUACAACUAAUCACAACAAUCAACAUCCCCAUCAUAUGCAGCCAAAUAAUCAUUUACCCCUACAUCAACAUCCGCAUACGCACCAUCAUCAUCAUGUUGUCCAUACAGUUACCACCGCCCAGCCUUCCCCAAUACAACAACAACAUCAUCAUACUGCUACAGCUGCUGUUGUCUACCAACAACAACAACAUCAUCACCACCACCAGCAGCAGCAACAUCCUCAUCAUCAACAACAGCAACAACUACAAAAUCACCAUCCGCUACACAAUUUAGCUGCUCAAAAUCCUCCCCUCUAAAAUAUUUUUAUUCAAAAUAAUUUUCAUUUUGUCUCAUUUUUAUUAUUUUUAUUUUUUAAUUGUAUUUUUGAGCGCCUUGUUCUAAAUUGUUCUCUGUUUCUGCUGCUUGUAUUAGAGCUGAUUUUUUUUCAUUUAAUUUUCUGUAUUUUAUUUAGAUUUUAACAAAUUUGUUUGCAUUUUACUCAAAAUUUUAUUUUGUACAUUUGAAUGUAUUCAUUGUAUGUGUGUGCGAGUGUGUAUGCGUUGUUUUUAAUUUAAUAAUUCACUACAUUUUCAAUUUCAAAUCGGCUGGUAUUGCAACAAGAAUUGUUUAUUUAAAAAGGAAUUAUAUAUGUUGUAUUGUAUUUUGUAUUUCGCAAAACAAAUGAUGACAGAAAUUACCCUCUUUCUGCCAUCAUGGAAACGUUUUUGUUCAUUUUUGGCUUAUUUAAUACAUAAUAUUAAAAGGGGGAAUUUUUUUAUUUACAUUAUGGAAAAGUAUUACAAAAUUUGUAAAUUAUUUUGUUUAGUUUUUAUUAAACAAUAAUUUCAAAUAAAUUUUUUUUGUUAGAAAGAUGUCUUCUUUAGAAAGUUUCUUAUUAGGAAAAUGUAUUCUUUAGACAGUAUUCUAUUACAAAAGUGUGUUCUGGUAGACAGUUUUCUUUGGAAAAGUGUUGGCAUUGAAAUGAAUUAAGUUUGAAAAUAUAUUAGUUCCUUAUUUCUCCAGAAUUUUACUUUCUAUUAGUUUCUCAAAGAUGUUAACUUUUAAAUGAAACUCAUCUUGUUUUGUGUUCGGAUUACAGUAGCAAUUAUUUAUAAAAUUAGAGUUUUACAUUUUGAAAAUGUUGCCCUUUCCAAUCUUAAAAUAGAUCGUAUUUAAAGUGUUAGUUCACUGCACGCUAGCAUUGAAGUAGAGUCAAAAGAACUACAUUUUGACAGAAGGCUAACGUAUACAUCUCUAAAGGAUUGAGAAUUUGUCCCUAUUUGUCCAUCAUCUCAGGUGUUCAAUUUUGUUUGUCUAAAAAAGCCAUUCCCCAUAUCGACACAUCAUAACAGCGUAAAGACAUCAAUAUUUGUAAAAAUUGUAUUCGCCCCUAUCUGCAAUAAAAGUGAAAUUUUUGUUUCUCUGACCUGCUCCACACUAGGAAUCUUUUGUUGAGAAACUUUUUUAAUACUCUUUUGAGGUUUCCUUUAUAUCCACACAUAGAAACUUUUGUUUCAGAAACUACGUGUAAAUUGCAUUGAUUUGUUGUUGUACGAAUGAGAAGAAUAACAAAACAAAUUUCCGAGAACGGGAAACUCCGUACCGCGAGAGAAUUGAAUGAUAUUCAUUCUCUUUCUUUCUCACGGAAAAUUAAAAGUUUCCCAAGAAAAGUUUCCUAGUGUGAACCAGGUCUAACUAAACAAGUUUCUGAGUACGAGAAACUCCGUACCGCGAGAGUGAUGAAUUUCCUAGUGCUAUCAUGAACUUUUCUCAAACAUUUCAUUCACAAUAGUUGAUUUUGUUCGGCACAGCUGUUCAUAUCUUAAGCUUGUAAGACCUGGGAAACUUUUGAUUUAUGUGUGCGUGAGAAAGAGAAUGAAAUAUAUAAAGUUUCUCAACAAAAGUUUCCCAAUGUUAACCAAGUCUAACUGUGUUUCAAAAGUACGAACAUUAUUAAUGAAUAAAACAUUAAUUAUUUAUAAAGUUUUCAAGUUAUGAAUUGAAAAAGAAAACAGUACCUAUGUACAUAUGUUAUUUUAUUUUUGCAUCUGGCUACGAACCAUAUGAUAUCUCAAAAAAUUAUGUUCAAAACAGGCUCGUGUGUCAGUUUCAGCACAGUUCAAUCGUUUAGAAAAUUAUCGAAAACUUUUGAAAAUGGUGUUUAUAAUUUACAGUUAACUAUUGUGAAUGAACAAUUAUUGAAUUUUGACCAUUAUUCCCGAUAGGAGUGAAUGAAAUGUAAUGUGUAUAGAGCAAUACAUUUAGUACAAACUGAACGCAAUUUAAUCGUUUAGAUUGUAUACAAAAGUUUAAAAUGUAUUAUUUAUAAUUCACAUUUAACUAUUGUGAAUGAACAGUCACCUUUAUUUCCUAUAGGAAUUAUUAAAAUGUAAUGUAUAUUUUUUUAAAGAUUUCACAUCAGUUCGAAACAUAUUCAAUUUUUGAGAAUCUUGGGUCAUUAAAAAACGACUUGUCUCUAUUUAAAAUAAGAAUUUUGAAAAAAAUAAAACUUUGUUGGGAACAUGGCUUUUGAAAACAGUAUUGAAAUAAAACAGACUUGAGUACAUGAAGUGACAUCGUUUUCCUUACCAACGCAAUGUAAAUAAAAUUGUUUACAUAUUAAAGUUGCAACAUUUGUAUGUACAUACGUAUAUUGUAUGUAUUUAGUUUAGAAUUUCAGAUGUUACAUUAAAUAAAUUUUAACAAAAACUUACAAAAACAUAGAAUUGUGCAUGAUCUACGUGAUUUUUUAAAUUAUUUUUCAUAAUGAUUAAAAUAUAACCGAAAUAUUAUGUAACUAAAAUAAAACAUUCAGGCAUGUCACAGAUUUGAAAUUAAUUAAGAAAAAAGAAACAUAAUAGAACUGAAAUUAAAUAACAAAUUCAAAAUAUUUUGAAUACAACAUUGAUAUAAAAAUAAUUUUAUAUAUCGUUUUUAAACUAUGGCCUGCCUUAUUUUUUAAUUUAAAAAAUUUUUUAUAAAUAAAAAAUUAACAUCAAAUUUUCAUAAAUUUUUAUAUUCUAUUUUUGUUGCUCAUUGAACGAUUUGUUAAUUGACUAUUAAACUGAAAAUAAUAGUCUCCUUGUAUUAGCCCAGUUGCACACACAUUUCACACACUCAUUAACUACAGACUAAAUACUCUACUCUAAAUACUAAAUAAGAUGAAGAUUUAUGACUUUAUACUAUUUUUAAAUUUAAAUAAAAAAAGUUUACUGUAUGUAUUUAUAUAUGUUACUAAAUUAAUGUUUUUUGUUUAUAAGUUUAUUUUAUUUUUAAUAUUAUUUAAAAGAAAUUAUAUUAAUAUUAUUAUGAUUAGAAAUUUUUAAUUAUUAUUAUUUUAUUUAAUAUAUAUAAUUUUACCAGUACAUAACCAUACAUAAUACUACUACUAUACUAUAGUCCUUCUUUAAAAUAAAAAUUAAUUUAAUUAUUUUUAUAUAAAAAAACAAACAAACAAAA